AAUAAAGACAGAAAAGACUACGAUGUUGAUCGACCAGCCGUUGUCAGCUUGCAAAGAUGGCACCAACGUUCACAGGCGCCCUAUGGGACCUACGCAACACAUUAACGAAGGCAGGCACCAACCCAUCGAAAAGGCCAAAGUCGCUUUAAAAAGUCACUUUCCGUGGCUCGAGAUUCUAGUACACACCGCACCACUAACCAUCAUCGGUGCCCUUCUCUGGGUGCACAUCACCAAGACCUUUUGGAGUGACUUCGAGGUCAAGAAGCAGCGGCGGCGAAACAUGGAACUCAAAGCAUUUCAGUUCGCCGCCAAGAUUCAUGAGCUGCUGAUGCUAUCUUCACUUUCCUUCAUCGUCUUUUACUACAUGCGAAAACUGCUGGUUGGACGCACAGGCAUUCCAUUCGGACUUGUCAGCGCACCCCACCUCACAAACUCACCCGGCAUGCUACUGCAUAAGUCGUUUUGGGUGGGCUGGAGACAUCACAUCCCAUUCGGAGGCUUGAUAUUUCUCGCCUGUAUUUUGUCCUUUGCUUUGGGACCAUCAUCGGCUAUCUCGAUGAUCCCUUCGCUGGGAUGGUUCGAGAUGAAGAGCGCAUUUCCGGCCAAUAGCUCGACUAUUCUCUAUAACGCAACCGCAGCUGAAAUCUGGCCGACCAACUUUACUGCUUCGAUGAGCUUGAAUGCGACUGAAAUUACCGGCUGCCUCAUCAAUCCCUUCAAUCCAUCGAAUUUAGAUUGUCCGACAGCCGGUUUCAUGGACAUAUACAAAUGGUUCGCCAGUUUCACGAGGACUGAAUCGCGCAAUGAUCUGCUCUUUACGGACCUCCUCAGUAGCGUCCAACGUAAGGUUGCCGUCAAGACCGACUCUGAUAGUUCCGGCACCUCAACCUACACCACCGUCAUUACAGAGCAGGCUUCGAGGACACUCGGCAGUUUUUAUAACUUUGCGAGGCGCAAUAACGCUGGAGGUGUUGGAGACAUUGCAUAUCCUCGGUUACGCAUCACGGCGGAUACACCACUCCUCCAGCCCGUUGUAGUGGUAAAGUGUAGUAUGUCUUUCUGGCAUGGGGACUCAAAUCGGGAGAAUAUAUCGUUUCCAGACAUAUCACAGGCAUGGAGGCCGGUGGGGUUAAACUACGGAACACCUGGAUAUGUGGAUGCUUCAGAUGUGAUCUUUGAUGGGCUUCCGGAUGAGGACUCACGAUUUGAGUGGUACAAGGAAUCUGGCAUGAACGCAUCUACAUCACUGCUUGCGUUGGCAAUCGUACCCAUUGUAGCAUCAAACUCCUCGACAGACGGAUACCGAUCUUCGGCCAUUGUGGCCUGCUCGAUCGAUGCACGCUGGGCAGCCAGCGACGCGUACUAUCAGCCCGCGAACUCAACCACCGUCUCCAGCAAUGUGUCUGAUACACUUUCCGAUACACUUUCCGAAACUGAUUGGCAAUACGGCGAAUCGCUUAUUACAAGGUAUGCACUUUCGGAUAAGCCGCUCGAUCUGCAGCUCGACUGGGCCGCUUUCCUCAACGGAAACCAAACUAGGCGGCUGACCGACAACCCCUCUCUUAACAUUACAGGCAUGGCUAUGUUCCUUAAUACUGCUAUCGACAGCCGCGAACUAGACAAUGGCGAGACGACGGCGUUUUCAGCGCCAAAUGUCACAUCGAAGGACGCGGGCGGCGCGAUCGAGGAGGCAAUAGCCAUGCUACUAGGCGUCGUGCUUACGGACGGCAUAGCGCGAAACUCGUCAGAGGUGUACUCCCUGCUCAAAAAAAAUACCACCACUGAGUCCGACGUGGUAACGGUACUGGAAAACUAUCUUGGGCCAAACAGUGAUGUCAAAUGGGGUCCAGGUCGGUAUGUCCCCGAUUUCUACUCGGUCCGUAUCAAACUCGAUUCGUAUGGAUAUGGAUACGGACUCUGGAACACCGCACUUUGGGCAGCCAUGGCCGUAUUACUUCUAUUCGCACUUUCAGUGCUGGUCCAUGUAUCAGUACUCAGCUAUGCCGGGAUUACGGGUCGGUAUUAUGGGGGCGAGUGCUGGGAAGAUGUGGCGGGGCUUGUGGCGUUGGCAAUGAACACAACGCCGACCACGAGAUUGCAUGGGACGAGUGCGGGGGUGGAGUGUUCCGAGACGUGGAGGGGUGUGGUCAAGAUCCGGGAGAUAGGUGGUGAACACCUGGAAUUGUGUUUUGUGGAUCAACACCAUGAGGAUGGACAGACGGUUCAGAUCGGGAAGAAGUAUUUGUGACCCGGAGUUUCUGCUCGUGUUGAGAUUAACGCGAUAACUUAGUCGAUGGCUAGAUGCACUGGUCAUUAACGGUGGUUUGUCCGAGUUUGUAGAAGCUGAUGUGCCAUUGCCAGGUAGCCUGGGGACCAAGAGCUUGGAUUCAUCGUUGGAGAUACAAUCUGCACUAGUGAUCGAGAGAUUGAGGC